UGUUUCCAAAUUUAUAAAAUACACAACUAGGGCUGGGUAAAAAAAUCGAUUUAAUCGAUGUUGGAUCGAUUCCAGUAAAAUUUUACAAAAUCGAUGUGUAGGUAAUGAGAUCGAUUAGUUUUAUAGUGACGUGAGUCACGUUCACGUUCAAGAGCGGGCGUGGGCAAAUGCAAAAUGGCCGACGCAAGUAACGCACCGCUCAGCAAGCCCUCCCAACUGAAGUCUGACGUCUGGAACCAUUUUGGAUUUAAAAGAACUAAAGUGGAUGUGCUGGAUAAAACUAAAGUGGUUUGCAAGAUCUGUCAAGCGGAGGUCAGUUAUUGUAGAAACACUACAAAUCUCCGAAAUCACCUGACAAGGUAUCAUGCUAAGCUAACAUCCGACAACAAACCUUCCGGAGCUAAACAAAUGAAAUUGAGGGACUCGCUUGCAUUACCAGCAGAUUCUCCGCGGGCCAUUAAGAUAACAGAGGCCAUCGCAACUUUUGUGUGCAAAGAUUUACGCCCCUACUCGGUAGUGGAAAAUGAAGGCUUCAAGCGGCUCCUUCAUGUGCUCGAACCACACUAAGUUAUGGUGCAACGCAAACAUCUGACAGAAACUGUUAUCCCCAUGAUGUACACGCGAGUGAAAGACGACAUCCAAAUGAAAAUGCAAUUAGCAGAGAGAGUCGGCAUAACUUGUGACACAUGGACAUCGCUGUCAACUCAAUCCUACAUGACGGUGACUUCCCACUACAUCGAUAACGAGUGGCGCCUCGCGUCUUAUGUGCUGCAGACCACCGAAGUUACUUCGAGCCACACCGCUGCAAAUCUAGCCGAAAUGUUGACGGGGGCAAUACAGACAUGGGGGCUGACCAGCAAACAACCAGCGGUUGUUACGGACAAUGCUGCAAAUAUGGUUUGUGCAGUGGAAAUAAAGCAGCUGAUGCAUGUCGGCUGCUUCGCGCACACUCUGAACUUAGCCUCACAAGCAGGUUUAAAAAUCCCCGCUGUGUCACGUCUGCUUGCUCGUGUGAGGCGUAUAGCAGCAUUCUUUCACCGAAGUACAACAGCAAGCUACAUACUGAAAGAAAAACAGAAGCUGCUUCAACUACCAGCGCACAAACUAACACUUGACGUGGUGACAAGAUGGAACAGUGCACUGGACAUGCUGGAGCGCUUUUUGGAGCAACAACCAGCCAUCUCUGCUACUCUCCUUUCUCAAGACGUGCGCAGGAAUGAAAAGGAUUUGUGCACCCUAACAGAGGAAGAUGUAACAACUGCUGAGGAUUUGGUCUGGGUGUUAAAACCGAUGAAAGAAGCUACGUUGGUGAUGUCGGAGGACAAGCAGCCAAUUCUUUCCGUCAUCGCCCCACUGCUCGCCCUGCUUCAGGAUGCCUUCACCCCCAGCCUAGAAGACAGCGCUGUAGUCAGGGACUUAAAAGCUGCUGUAAAGAAUAACUUGGGGACAAGGUAUGUAUUUUUUUUUUUUUUUUUACUUUAUGUGCCUUUUUUUAGUUUUUCAGUUGUAGGAGUCAGUGACCAUAUUCCAUAAUGUACUUAUCCUCACUCAAACUGUUACAACAUGUUUUUUCCAAGAUAUGAUGGACAAAAGGACACCUUGUAUGCAGCUUCCGUGCUGGAUCCUCGCUUUAAGGCCCUUCCAUUCCUGUCUGCUUCAGAACAAAAUGACACCUUCUCCAGGCUGCAGGCUGAGGCUGCCACUGCUGCACGUGAUCAAGAUGGUGGCAAUGAUACUGAUAAAGAAGCUGAGGAUACUUUGCCCAAGAAGCCAAAGAAAUCCAGCACCUUGGAGUCUCUCCUUGGGACAGUCUAUUCAACAACAGUAAAAGAUCAGGGACUGAAAACUCCAGCAAUAAGGGCUGAAGAUGAAGUUAGAAGAUACAAAGCUGAAAAUCCUGCUGGGCUGAAUGAAAAUCCUUUGAUCUGGUGGAAGUUAAACGAAAGGGAAUAUCCACUGUUGGCUCGCCUUGCAAGGCAUUAUCUUUGUGUCCCAGGGACCAGAGAGGGUAUUUUCAACAGCUGGUGACAUUGUCACUGCAAAAAGGAGCUGCCUAAGCACAGAUCAUGUGAAUGAACUUAUUUUUCUCCACAAGAAUCUCACAAUUAAUGAGAAGUGAAAAGAAAGACAAUAAUUUGACUUAGCAGUUCAACUUAUUUUGUAUUUAUUUGCCAGUAUUUUUUGGCCCUUAAAAUAGAAAAUCUCUUGAUGCAAAUU